AUGGCGGGGAGCAAGCAGCUGGAACAAACAAGUAAAAGCAUUGACUCAAGUGCCCACAUGAUCACCACUGCCAGGGUACCUGCUGAUAAACCAGUGCGAAUUGCCUUCAGCCUGAAUGACUCCUCAGAUGAUGCUGCUUCUGAAAACUUCCCUUUGGCAUUUCCAGAUCUAGAUCAGCAGCUGCAGCCACUGCCUCCUUGUCAUGACUCUAAGGAAUCUAUGCAGGUAUACAAACAGCACUGCAAAAUAGCAGAAGAAUACCAUGAAGUCAAGAAAGAAAUUGCUCUACUGGAAGAAAGAAAAAAGGAGCUGAUUGCCAGGCUGGAAGAAGUGGAAAAAGAAAGCAUGGACGCUGCUCAGCUGGCUAAGGAGUAUGCAGAACUGACAGAGGAGAACCGAACACUGAAGAUGGCCCAGACACAGUGUGUAGAGCAACUGGAAAAGCUCAGAAUACAGUACCAAAAAAGACAGGGGUCCUCAUAA